AUGAUAGAACCACCAGGAUGGAAUUCUAAGAAGGAUGAGAGCAUCUAUAAAGCUGCUGGUGCAAUGCACUUGCGAAAAUAUGGGGUGUUUUUCGAAAAUCUGGUGGAGAAGUCCUGGGGAGGCGACUCUGCAUUAGAAUACAUUGUGGAAGGUCCUGUGCGGCUGGUGUACAAAACAAUAGAGGACAUCAGCAUCAUCUCCUUGGUAGAAAUGGAGAACAAAGUCUUGUCCAAGCUGCUGGCAGCAGUGGCAGGUACAUGUAGGGAAAUCAGGUUGCUGAAAAUAGAAGCUGCAGGAUUUUAUGCGAAACUCUUUGCACAUGGGGAAAGAUGUAUGGAUAACGAUCUCACUGAUAUAACUAAGUUGCUAUCUGAUCUUCAGGAUCUGUCCAUCUUUGCCAACCGAAUGUUAACUGUUGUAUACUUAACUACACAGCAGUUGGCGAGUCUGUCAGGUGGUGUCCACGAUAUCUAUUUACCAGCUUUGAUAGAAGGCUUUGUAGACUUGUUUGUGAUCCUUAUGACUCUGGAUGAGAUCGUUGAUGUACAAUCGACGAUAGUAGAUCAAUGGAAAAAAUACAGAAUGCAUGUACGUUCCAUGAUGCACAAUCCGUCGCAAUUUGGAGUUGCUGAGACAAAGCUGGAAACAUUUGAUCAUCUUCUUAGGGACCUACAAGAGAAACUAUUACGACGAAAUAUGUUUCUGAAAGCUAUCGAGCACGUGAUGGAUGUGAACAAAGGCCCCCUCAUGAACGAACAGAUCGUCAGCUACCUGAAGAACACGAUGGCGGACAUAGAGAGCAAAUCCAACGAUCACGCCUCAUUGAAUAAGAAUUGGAUAAGAGUCAACGUCGGUAUCGUUGUUGCGAUCAAACUGUUCGGCUCCUACGACAAGAAGCUAGUCAAGAGAGUGUUGGAGGCGAACAAAAAGUUCUAUGCAGUCACGUUGAUCGGGAACGUCGUAUGGGUACCCAGCAAGUUCCUCAGCGACAUCGUGCCGAAGGAAACCGGCAACGUGGUAAGCCCUCAGGUGGGCGAGAAAAUCCUGCAGGCGAGAACUCAAAGGCUACCGAUCACGGUGAACAAUUUGAUACACAGAGCGACCACUUGGUGCGUGGAGAUGCAGAGCAUCCUGACGAGGAUCAAUCUCCAGGUAUCGGACAUAGGUCAAAAGCGCACUUUGCUCACUGACCUGUUGGCUUUGUUGUCCCAGAUGAAAGAAACCGUCUCGUUCGUGACAAAUCUUCAUGCCUUGCUCUCGAAACCGAUGAAUCGGGGCACAGUGCAACUGAUCUGCAGGCUUAUGGAAUUGCAGAAGUCCCUGCAGACGACGUUCCACGCGCUCGGACCAGUCGUGGUGCAGUCGCAGGCGCAGGUGUUACAGUAUAUGACUUAUUAUGUGUUGGCUCUGCUGGAAACGGCGCGUAAAGGUCUCGUACAGAAGGAUAAAGGUUACAGCAGGGAACGACUGGACGCUUUGUCCUUGAUAGGAUUGAGUAUGCGGCUGAUGGGCGGCCCAGCGAGCGCAGAUCGCAGGCUAAUUGUGCGCUGCGCGCUUGCCUGCGCCAACCAGUUGACCGACACGUUCCGUGAAGAGGAUGUGGUGAAACUGAGAUACUUGCUAGAUAGUUACGACUCUGUGGCCGAACUGUACGAGUCUGUCGAUGAUCUCUGCGACUACUCGUUGCUGCUGCAUCAUCAGAACAUGCUGCCGGCGUACUUCACCUCGAUCAUCGACGGCAACUCUAACAUUUGCCACCUCGCCCACUUGUUCGCCGCUUUCCACAGUGCCAUGGGCGAGCAGAAGUCGAACGAGUUGAGAGACAAGCGUAUUGUAGAGCUCAGGGAGGGUCUAGUGAAGAGCGUGCUAAAGCCAGCUUGCCAUGAGAUCGAGACCAGCCUUCGGCUUCAUGUGCAUGCGCAUCUUAAGCUCGAUUCCGCCAAUCCCUUCAACGUUGGCACUAAAGACGGCUGCAGGGUAGUGCGAGCACCUCCAUUGCCCUUGGCCGAGAAUAUGGUUUGCACAAAGAGGUUUGUCGAGCACUACUUGGAUGAUAUGUUCUACAAUCUAACGACAGUGGCUUUGCACGAUUGGAGGACCUACCGAACGAUGCAUGCGUUGGCCAGUUAUAAGAUGGGUCUGGAUACUGUGCAGAAUCACCUGCCGACGCAGACGUUGGAGCAGGGCCUGGACGCUUUGGAGAUUAUGCGUAACAUCCACGUAUUUGUUUCCAGAUACCUAUACAAUCUGAACACACAAACGUUCGUGGAGCAUAGCAGUGGCAACAAACACCUGAACACCAUCGGCAUCAGACACAUCGCCAACUCGAUUCGCACCCACGGCACCGGCAUCAUGAGCACCACGGUGAAUUUCGUGUAUCAGUUCCUGCGCGUCAAGCUGCACACUUUCUCGCAGUUCCUCUUCGAUGAGCACAUCAAGUCGCGACUGAUGCGCGACAUCAGGUUCGUGCGGACGCAACGGGAAGCCGGGGGCACUCCUUAUACGUACGAACGUGCGGAGAAGUUUCAGAAAGGCAUCCGGAAGUUAGGCAUGACCACUGACGGAUUGAGUUACCUGGACCAGUUUCGCCAGUUAAUCACGCAGAUCGGCAACGCGUUGGGCUACGUGCGGCUGAUCCGUUCCGGCGGCCUCCACGCCAGCUCGAACGCGGUAUCCUUCUUACCGGAUAUCGAGAGAACGGUACCAUUUGAAUCGCUUUGCCGCGGGCUGAAUUACAGUGCGACCACGCAAGCCGCGGCCAAACGGCUAGAGGCUGACAUUGCCGACCUGGUACGCAACUUCACCGAGGGUAUACAAUACUUCAAGCUGCUGGUGGACGUGUUCGCGUCGGCGUUCCGCGACGCCAAGUCUUAUCAUUUGCAGCAGUUCUACGCCAUCAUGCCGCCGUUGACGCUCAGUUUCGUCGACAACUCCGUCUCCAACAAGGAGAAGAUGUUCAAGAAGAAUCAACAGGGCGCGGCCUUCACCGAUGACGGUUUUGCCAUGGGCAUCGCCUAUAUCAACGCGCUGCUCGACCAGAGCGCUGAGCUGGACGGCUUGCACUGGUUCAAAACGGUGGAACAGCACAUCGCUCAGGAGAAGCACGCCGCAGAGAGCAAGGACGAUCAUGGAGAUGAGAAGCUCCAGCAGACCAGGGCGCUCACGUUGAAACGUUUGGCUGAGAGGAACGCUGAGUUCCAGUUGUUGUAUUACAGUCUCUCCGGUGCCAGGGUGUUCUUCAAACAACCCGACACGUAGCAUCGAACAGUCCAUCAGUUUUGAUGAAGAUCAUUUUGUGCUCUGUCUUAUCGCUGGUCACUCUGAAGUUAGGCAACUACGAAGGUUUAAGCGAAAAUAUGUACGAUGGUAUUUUUCUUUCCUAACUUCAGUUUUAAAAAAGAUAAGGCUGAAACAAAAUAUUGGAGAUUAAAGAUCGCGGGUUGGAACUUUGUCGAUUAAAAUAAAGUGACGAGGGGUCGGAAUCAGUGAAAUUCGUAUUUCUGAUUCUGGUCUGUAAUUUGUGCAAUCCUCUUUUUCCAAUAUUUGCUUUGAUAUCGGUUUAAUAAUAUGGAGUAAAUCAAUACAGCUCGAUCCGGCUUCUCUUCCAUUUAUUCUUGUAUAUAUGUGACCGCCGUAGCACAUAUUGUUGCGUCUGUAAAU